AUGCUUUUAAUUCCAUAGAGGUGCAUUUCAUAAUUUAUUCUAAAUUUGGAUGAUUUCAUAUUAUAUAUUAUUAAGAUAAUAUUUAAUUUUAUAUUAAAAUGUCUAAAGAGGGCAGUGCUUUAUGGUCACCUUUCAAAACAACUAAGGAGUUUAUUGAAAAAGAUUAAAAGAUUACAAAAGGAUUCAUAUAAGGGGCAUUGUUUGCAGUUGUAGGCUAUGGAGUAGGAUUCUUGUUAUUCAAAGGUAAGACACUGAGAGGCUUUAGUGCUGGUA